UCACUCUCACCCUAAUUUCUUCGUACCCAUUUUCUGUCGAGCCUAACGAGCAAGUCGAACCCUCACCAGUUACAGCCGUUCAGUUGCGUUUCUCCUCACACCUUCAUCUGUGCAUUCUCUUAAGCUCUUUGCCUUCCAUCACUUUUGGCAUUUCCCUUUCCAAGAUUUUUGAUUUGGGUACGGUGGGAAUGACGCGAAAUUACCGUGUGAAGGGGCAGAAGCGAAAGCACGUGGAACCCAACUACGAUCGCGAAGAUGAAAAUGAAGAACAACAAGUGCAACCAACCAGACCCAUAGUUCAGAACGAAGAACCAACACCAACACCAACAUCUGAGGAUAACGAACUUGUGGGUAUCCCAAUUGCGCCGAGUGACCAAAAGAGUGAUAACCCAAACGUUAUAUUCAUUCUCGAAAGGGCUUCUUUGGAAGUUGGCAAAGUUGGCAAGACUUAUCAGCUGUUGAACUCGGAUGACCAUGCCAAUUUCCUACGCAAAAAUAACAAGAAUCCUGGUGAUUACAGGCCUGACAUUACUCAUCAGGCCCUUCUAUCUAUUUUAGAUAGCCCACUAAAUAAAGCUGGGAGGUUGCGAGCAGUAUAUAUAAAGACUGAAAAAGGUGUUCUUUUAGAGGUUAAGCCCUAUGUUCGAAUUCCCAGAACAUUUAGACGGUUCUCUGGCAUCAUGCUGGAACUGCUUCAAAAAUUGAGCAUAUCUGCUGCUGGCAAGCGUGAAAAACUUCUCCGCGCGGUCAAGAACCCUGUAACACAGUAUUUACCUGUCAACUCACAAAAAAUAGGUCUCUCGUAUAGUUCUGAGAAGCUCGUAAACAUCAAUGACUACGUAUCAACUGUUCCCAGAAAUAUGGACUUUGUCUUUGUGGUAGGAGCAAUGGCUCAUGGGAAGAUUGAGACAGAUUAUACAGAUGAGAUUAUAGCAAUUUCUGGGUACCCUCUAAGUGCUGCUUACUGUAUUACAAGGAUUUGUGGUGCCCUUGAGGGAAAGUGGAAGAUUUUGUGAUUUAGCUUCUUCAUUUCAUGCCUGAGAUACUAAUUUAUGUAGCAUAUUUUAUGUAACAUCAGGGAUAGUGCCUUGCCAAGCAAACAUGUAAGAAAUACUCGUUAAAUAUUUGAGUUUUCUUUAGGGUCUGAUGUUGGAAAUAACCAUUUCAACCCAAAACCUUAAGGUGUUGGGUGUAGGCCUUUUUAAUAGUUUAUAUUAUUCUCUAAUACACUUCCUCACGCAAGAGCCCUUUGAGCUUAAAGCGUGAAUUUAUACAGGCCUAAUUUUUGGUUUACCUUGUGCUUAUUUAAUUCUACUAGAAAGUAGAGGCGGUGUCGGACUCGUGACCUUGUAAUCACUGAAGUUUUGAUACUAUGUAAAAAAUC